AUAUGUGGUAAUGCCCAUAUACACAACAAUGUUUAUUAUUAAUUUUAUAUAAAAGCAACAACAAUUAAUUGUAAUUGACUCAGUCGCACGGGUAGCGUACAACAGCCAAGUCGAUUUUGGUUUUGGUUUUAGAUUGGUAUUCGGAAUCUCAGACUUUAAUUUCCCGUCCACAUUACUUCGUGACUAUGCGAGUUGGUUGUCUUCUGGUGCUCCUGGGCAUUUGUGGUGCAGCUCAAGCGGAUCUUACAUACCGCGGGAAUGCAGUUCACCCAGACUAUCCUGGACAGUGCUACUAUGAGGAACUCAACCAGGCCAUACCCAAAAAGCAGUCCUACAAGCCGAUUAAUCGCGAGGGCUAUUGCCAAUCGAUCUACUGUCGGCCGGACUACGUUCUAGAGAUUGGCUACUGCGGCCGUCACAACCUGGUGCCCACGGACAAGUGCAAGAUCGCCUCGGACAUGCGACGCACCUUCCCCGAGUGCUGUCCCAAGUUGGUUUGCCAGGAGUCGGAGAGCAACUACAUCUAGGCUGGAUCCACAGAUUAGUAUUAGCUUGUCCUUUCUUUCUUAAUAGCUUGUCUUGUAUAAGUUGGUGACUUUAAUUAGUUCAUCGGUUGAUCAACGAAAAUGCAUAAAUUUCCCUAUAAAAUAUCCAUAGGGAUAAGUUUUUUUUAAUAUUAUGUUAUUAUAGCACAACUAUAAAUCUUAAAAAGUAAAUAAAAUGUACAUAUUUUAAAGAAAAACUUA